ACGAGCGCUGUGUUUUGGGGUUUGGAUUUACAUUUGAAAAAAAACAAAAUUUUUAAGUAAAAAGAAAAAGGCAAAGUCGAUCGAUUUUCAGCUUCCGAAAUAACAAUAAAUCCAAAAUCAAAAGCGAAGGGCGGAAGAUCAACGAAUCGGAAAAUUGUGUGACGGAGAUCGGAAUCUGGAUGGCAAAUCUGUACGUGAAAGCGGAGCCGCCGGCGGAUCUGAACCGGAACACGGAGUGGUUCACGUACCCGGGUGUGUGGACCACCUACAUCCUCAUUCUCUUCUUCGCAUGGCUCCUUGUUCUCUCCAUCUUCGGCUGCUCUCCUGGCAUGGCGUGGACAGUCGUCAAUCUCUUCCACUUUUUGGUCACAUAUCACUUCUUCCAUUGGAAGAAAGGAACUCCUUUUGCUGAAGACCAGGGAAUCUACAAUAGGUUGACGUGGUGGGAGCAGAUAGACAAUGGAAAGCAGCUCACACGCAAUAGGAAAUUCCUAACUGUUGUACCGGUGGUGCUGUACUUGAUAGCGUCGCACACCACUGACUACCAGCACCCCAUGCUCUUCUUCAACACUCUUGCUGUGAUUGUGCUAGUGAUCGCUAAGUUCCCCAAUAUGCACAAGGUCCGGAUCUUUGGAAUCAACGCUGAUCAUUAAGUUGGGCUGGCAAUGAGAAAACAGCUUGGGUUUUACCUGGUAAAAGGCUGCUGAUCCUUACCCUCGUUCUGCUAAAAGCCAAAUAUAUAUUUUGUAUAGAAGUCAGAACUGGAAAGGAUGUUUGGAUAUGUAAUGUUUUUACAAGCUCUGUUAGAUAUUUCAUCUUUGAAAUAAGUGUAUCGAGUUUUAUCUUUGUACAGUAGGGAUUCUGUGUAUUUGCCUUAUCACGCUUGAAAGUGCUUUUGUUCCCAUGACUCCUGCAUUUGAUAUAUCAACACAGCUGAAAACUUUUGAUA